UAAGUUGGUUUCACUUUUAAAUCAACAGCAUAAUACUCUCUCGUACGAUCCUUCAGAAAGUUUUAAUACCUUGGUCAAAAUCCUUGCUCAUGCACAUGCAGACAUAUGGCCUCAUCAGGCUUUGCACCACAGUUGCUAAUAAAUGAAAGUGAGCUCAACGAAAUCCUGCGAAUAAUCAAAUCCGCUAAAAGCACUAAAGUGAAAAUUGUCGGGAAGCUAUUUGGUCUGUGGAGGAACUCUUUAAUACAACCGGUCGUGCAGUUGGUCACUGGGCCUGGUAAAAGUGCGAUGACAUCAAAAGAAAUGUUUAGACCUGAUAGUGGUUACCAUGAACAAAUAAAGCAUUAUAUGCAAUAUGAGCAUGGUUUGUUGCAUAUUGGUCUAUGGUUGUCCGGAAGUACAGAUCGAUACCCAAAACUAAAUCAUGCUAGUCGUGAAUUUAGUCUCGCAAGCCCGUUAUUACCACAGGAUGGGAGAUACGUUGUCUUGAUGUUUGUUGACUACUCGGGAAAGAGUCUGGAAAUUGAGUAUCAUAUUAUUGACCGACAUCAGUUGCAUCUGUCCCAUGUUGUUGAUCUUAAAGCAAAGGAUAUUCUUCCUGGCGCAAGCAGUUUUAGGGAACUGGAACAAGUUUUAGAUUGUGUGAACCACGGUUCAAAAUUUCAAACAGGAAAAAACCGACAAACGCGUCAUUUUACGAUAAAUAUGCUGCAGACAAAACACCCUCAGCUCGAUCACCAUCGACCACGAACGAAUACCGCACCAGCCACUUUAAUGACCACGAGCAAACCCACCGAGCAGUGGUACGAAUGUGAUGGCGGUGAAACUCUUUUGAGACAUUUGAUGGACGGUUUCGGAUCUCACGACGUGCAUGUUAACAUGUCCAGGGAUUCCAAAACGCGCGAUUUAACCCUAGAAGUAAACGGCAGCGUCUGCCUGUCCUUUCCUUAUAAUUUUCCAACAGGACAAAUGUCCGUAACAUGGUUGAAUGACACUACAGCGUUUACCAGAAAUCCUGAUCAAAUUUGUCAAACAAUUGUACAGAGGGUUUCAAAUGUUAUCUCUUACGAAACGGCGCUUAGUUUUUCAAGGACUACUGAAGUAUGAAACCCUAUCCUGAUGGCAAGGCAUUUAUUCUCCAGACGUUUUGAAGGCACUGUAUAAUCGUCAUAUAGGAAACAUUGAUCUUCGAACUUGACCUAAGUAAUUAUCAAAUAAUACUGAAUGGCCAUCAACGAUGACAUUUCUGUACUGCUUGCAUCUUUUAUAUUGUAGUUUCUGUUUGCUCAAUAUAUACUGUAUUAGUCAAAUUGUUGUAUACACUCCGUUGAUGUUCUCAUUAAGAAGUGCUGACGUGUGUGUGUGCUCUUGUCAAUGAAGAUAAUUUUAUGAAAGCGUGAUAUUGGUGCUGCAUGAGAUCCUCGAAUCUGCUAAGUAGAAACCAAUUGUUAUAAACGAAUAUGAGCGAAUAUCUUACAAUGUUAAUCUGAAGCCACUUGAACCAAUGUUUUGAAAUAUACUUCGUCGUGUAGACCAUUCAGGAAGUUGUCGUUUUCAACCCAUUUUUGGUGUAUGCUGUAUAACAGUUUCUUUGUAGUAUUCAUAAAUCAUUCCCAAACCCAGGAAGCUUCUAGAUUUAUUGCUUCUAUUUAUUUUACUGUUCUCUUUCAAUCAAUAUUC